AUGGCUAUGAGGAACCUCGUCUCUUGGAACGCAUUGAUUGUGGGGAUUGUCUAUAACAAGCUGUACUAUGAUGAGAUGGAAGCUUUUCGCUCGGUGUUGAACGAUGAUGGGCUCUUGACCCCUAAUCAAGUGAGCUUGUCCAAUAUGCUGAGUACAUGUUCAAAUGUGUGUAGCAUCGGAUUUUGGAGAGUGGUGCACGACUUGGCGGUUAAGCUUACAGUGGAGUCGUCUUUGGCCUAUGUGAGGAACUCGCUCAUUGACAUGUACUGCAAAUUGAUCAAAUUGUUUGAUGAAAUGAUGGAUUUGGGGAUUGACCCAAACUGCAUCACAUUCGUUAGUGUUCUUUCAUAUUGCAACCAUAAUGAGCUUGUCGACCAGGGAUUCAAGUACUAUACUUGCAUGGUAGACUUGCUUGGACGAGCUGGCCACUUGGAUGAAGCAAUGCAAUUCAUUGAUGCAAUGCCAAUACAUCCUGAUUCAUCUGUGUGGGGUGCUUUGCUUGCAGCUUGUAGGAAGUUUAAGAACUUGGAACUUAGUAGCAAAGUGGUACAAAAUCUCUUUAUGAUUGAACUCCAUAACUUUGGAAACUAUGUAUGCAUCGCAUGGAAUGUUGGAAGAAGCUAA